GAAGUAAAUUGCAAUAUAAUUCAGCAUAAAUAUUGAAACAAAAUUGCAUUGUUAUUUAUUCAAAUUGAGUUUCGCAUGUAUAUAACUGUGGGAACUUGCCAUUAUCAUUUCAGUUCCUAUACAAUUUUCACAGUGCGUUAAAAAUAGCUUCAGUUCCAGAAAAAACAUAAUUAUUGUUGAAAAGUUUAAUCCUCAGUGGUGAAAGAAAAUUCUAUAGAAUUGCUGAUAAAAAUAGGCCGCAGUGGAAACGUACAAUGUUUUCUAGGAAUAUCGCUUAUUUAUUUUUAAUAUUGUUCGGUGCGACGGAAAUACUAGCUGGCGGUAGUGUUGCGGGCACUGUAGAUUAUAUUGGCACCAAUCCUGGAAUCUUGCCGGACAGGACAAAUCGAGUUGAAGACAUUUAUUUGAGAUAUUAUAAUGGACAAACAGUGGACGAUUACGUGGACAUUCCCCUCAGCCAAGCCAGCCGGCUGUUCGAGAUCAAAGGCUUCGACAAGAGCAACCCUACCGUCUUCUACAUCCACGGGUUCAUUGAAGUCGCCCAGCAGGAGAGUAUCCAGGUCAUGGUGAGCUCGUACUUGGAAGCCAGACCGGGUACAAACGUGAUAUUAUUGGACUGGUCCAACAUGGCCCACGGUUCAUACUUAGUCAAUGCCGCGCGCAACACGAAAAAGGUCGGAAUGGCGGCAGCUGAGCAACUAAACAAAUUGUUAGACUCUGGACUUCUGUUAGAAAAAUUCCACGUCAUAGGCCAUUCUUUAGGAAGCCACGUAGCUGGAUACACUGCGAGGGAACUUAAGACGAAAUACAAUAAAGUAGUUAAAAGAUUAACAGCACUCGAUCCUGCUUUUCCAGCCUUCUACCCUGACGGAGUGGUGAUGGAGCACGUGAACGCUAAAGAUGCGGAGUUCGUGGACGUCAUCCAUACCGACGCUGGUGGUUACGGCGCUCCCGUCAGAACUGGUACUGCUGACUUCUGGCCCAAUGGGGGGAAGAGCAUACAGCCAGGAUGCCCCAGAUUUGCACCUAUACCUCUCUCCGAUGAUACUCCAUCUGGUAACACUGAGAGACGAGGCAAACGUUCGCGGGAAAACGCUAGACGGAUGAAGAACCUCUGCAGUCAUUGGCGGUCAUGGCGAUUCUUCGCGGAAUCAGUAAUAAAUCCGGAGGCGUUUCCAGCCUCACCUGCCGAAUCUUACCAUAAGUUUAGAGAAAAUGCCAACCCUGAAGAAGGAAUGGUUUACAUGGGCUUCAACUGUGAUACUAGUGCCCAAGGAUCAUAUUAUUUGACGACAAACUCCGAAACACCAUUCGGGAAAGGAAUGGAUGGACUUUACCCGAAGAGCAAAAAGAAUUCCGUUAAAAAAUAAUAAUAAUUACAUUUAAGAUUUAUUCAAUAGUAAGAAAAACUCUUUAAAAGUACCUAGAUGUAAAAAACGAUACUCAAAUCGGUGUCGGAUAUUUUCUAUGAAAAAAACACAAAUAUGUUGUUGUACCUUUACAAAAACAAUAAGAAUUACAACUAGAUACUGCAUAAGAUCUUUAUAGUAAUGUCGUUAACAAAAAUGAAACAAAUUCAAACGUAGUACUAUAUUUCUCCGUAUAAAUUCAUAGUUGUACAAAAUACUUAAACAGUGUGUAUAAAUUCGUUAGAUCACAAAAUAAUUUGAAUUAACUAUGCUAUACAUCACAUACACAACUAUUUUGUAGAAAAAAAAAGCAAAUGCGUUCUUUUGUAAUUUAAUUUUGAAGUUGUGUAAAUCAAAUAUAAAAUAGGUGCAGUAUGUCAUAAAAGUACAUAAAUAGAGUCUUUAUCACAUAGUAUUUUUAUUUUUAAGACAAGGGUGAAAUCAAGGGUUUUGUCAAUGGUGUACAACUUUAUGUGUAUCUAAUAUCAGCAAGUUUAGUGUUCUGUUAUUUUAGGGGCUACAUAUAAAAAAUAUACGACAAAAUAUAAUUUUUAUUUGUUAAAAAGUACUUAACCAAUUCAUAAAAGCUGUAAAAUAUAAUAAAAACCAACCCAUAUCGUAUUAGAGACACACUUUUAUUUUAUACUUAUCUUAUUCACCGACUGUAAUUUUGAGACAUUUUUGAAAUGCAAUCAAAAAGUAAAUUACCUAAAUCCUACUUACAUAGUACCUAGUUAUUAUCAAACAAAAUAUUUAUAGAAAAUAAAUUAUAAAGAGCCUAAAAAUAAUAACACAUUCAAUGUUAUAAGUAGCAACGCACAAUACUAUAUAAUAUAGGCAUAUAAUAUACAUAUGUAUAUGUAUUUUUAAGAUUGCAUCGAAAAAAACUUUACAAAAGUUAUAAAGUUACAUUAUGUAUAUGUAAGUAUAACAUCACACUUUCUAUAGUUUUAGUAAUUUAUUAGUGUUCAAUCGGUACUUAAGGGAACAAUGUUAUAUUUUAAUUUAAAUGCAGGACAUUUAUGAUAUUAUAUAUUUUGUUGUUGACUUGAUUUGAAUGUCAGUUUAAAUAAAAAAUGAAAAAUAU